AUGUUUACCUUCCAGUUACAUACUGUCAAAUCGAUUUCCCAAAUAUUGUGUAGAGUGAACAAAUGGCGAUUGACGUUGCCUUUGGUAGAAAUGUUAAGAAAGAAGCCACUGGUUAUCAUUCUGGGUUGUACCGGAACCGGUAAAAGUGAUUUAGGCAUUGCAGUGGCAAAGAACUUCAAUGGUGAAGUAAUCAGCGCUGAUUCGAUGCAAAUUUAUAAGGGCUUGGAUAUUGCUACGAACAAAGUAUCAAAGGAAGACAUGGACGACGUGACGCACCAUAUGAUGAGCUUUGUCGAGCCUUCCACUUCCACAUAUAAUGUACACCAAUUCACUAACAGAGUGCUGUCUUUACUGGAAGAUCUUUGGAGUGCUGGAAAGCUACCUGUUAUUGUUGGCGGUACGGGAUACUAUAUCGAAGGAAUUUUGUUUAAAGAUAGUUUGAUACCAACAAACACAUUCGAUGCUAAGAAUAACUUCGAGGAUCUCUCAAAUGAUGAAGUUUACGAAUUAUUGAAACAUGUUGAUUUAGAAUCUGCCAUGCAAAUGCAUAAGAACAAUCGUUUUCGCGUUGUUCGUGCUUUACAAAUUUAUUAUGCAACGGGACAGCGUAAAAGUGAAUAUUUGGAAGAACAGCGUCGAAGAAUAGAAUUAGGCGAAAGGCUGCGUUUUAGAAAUGUGUUAUUACUUAUUCUGGAUGCUCAUAAGGAAUUAUUGGAAGAACGACUUAAUAGUAGAGUCGCAAAAAUGAUCGAAAAAGGAUUGAGGAAUGAAGUUGAAAACUUUUAUGAGCAGUACCGCCAUUGUCUCACAGCUCAUGGAGUGGCUCAAUCGAUUGCAGUAAAGGAAUUCCAUGAUUAUCUACAGCUAACUCCGGAUAAGCGGCACACGGAAUUGGGUGAUAAAUUGUUCAAUGAAGGUUGUGAAGCUCUGAAACUGCACACACGGCAGUAUUCACGAAGGCAACGGCGAUGGAUUAAGCGACAUUUGCUUGGAGGAAGUACUUUAAUAGAGUCGACGAAUAUAGCGUUUUUUGACACUUCGAAGAAUUUUUAUGAUGUUGUAUUGCCUAAUGUGUUGAAUAGAAUCGAUCAAUUCCUAAAUAUUAUUAAUGACGAUAUUUUUCCAAAGCGAGCCAAUGCUGAAAGAAAGGAGCCCUUUACAAUCGAUUUUGAUUACAGAAAGUUGGCAAACCAAGUUUAUUAUUGUGAAACGUGUAAAAUUGAUGUACACGGUACGAUGAACUGGGAAGCACACUUGAGAGGCAAAAAACAUCGGAGAGUGCUCAGUACAGUAACAGACACAUGA